AUGUCUGUUGCUGAUCUUAGCUGGUGGAAAUAUUUGAACUGGAAUGUUACCAAAUGUACGAAGUACGAUGAUUUGAAUACUGUCUCGUGGACUACAGACUGCAGCUCACAUAAUGCAGCCGUCUUCGGUUCAACCUGCUGGUUGGUCACAGGCAUUUUGGCUGCGAUUUUGUUGCUUUGCUUGUUAGUGUUUGGAUAUGCUGUUUAUGCAUAUAGGCGAGAAAGCAAAACGCUUAGCUACAAACUCAAAGAGAUGGAAAAGACUUUACGCUCUCAGAACGAGUUUUUCACAGCAAAAUUACAUGCUCAAAUGGAGGAACAAAUCAAACUCGGUGAAAAACAUGCCGAGGAAUUGAGAAAACAUAACGAGGCUAUACAGAUGGCUCAAAUCGAAAUACAAAGACAGCACCAAAUGUCAGCCAUUCCCCCUGUGCAAGCUACUCAACCGCAACCGAUAAUCAUUCCGUAUCUACCUUCAAAUGCUGCUGUUACUCAGCAACCACAACAAGCAGGAUAUGCUAUAACACAGGGAGGUGAAGUCUUUGAUGGACGAAACACUAAUGCUUCGAUGAACAACCACGAAGGUGGCUAUAAUGAAAGAGGUGAUCUCAUCAAGGGCGAAACAGGGAUUUUGCAUGCAGGAGGGAGAGAAAUGGAUGGUCAAGCAAGCAAAAGAGAAGAAGAACUGCUAUCAAGACUAACAAGAAUCGAAGAAUCACUGGCACACCAAUCGAAAGAAAAUGAAGCAUCCACCAGCCAUGAGGAUCACGAUCACGACCAUCAUGUUUCAGAUCCUCAUUCUUCUUCAGCUGAACACCAAUGGCCGUCAGAUCCUCAUACAAUCACAGAAGAGGAUAGCAGCGAUGCGGCCACGGAUGAUUCUGGAUAUGUUGCUCAAGCAGGGAAACUGCCAUCAAAUCACCCUGCACGUCAUCUUCCACCUGUAGAUCUUUUAUUUUUGGUCGACAGCUCGAGCAGCAUUGGCAUCUCCAACUUUGAAGCGAUCAAAACCAACAUAGCAAAUGUUUUGGAAGACGUGGACAUUGGUCCGGGCAGGUCUCGCAUUGCGCUGAUACAGUAUGCCCUGCAGCCAAGUGUUGUAUUCGGAUUCGAUAAGUACUAUUCUUUGAAAAGUGUGCAAAGAGGACUGGAACGAAUGUCGUACACUGGUGGAGCCACAAUGCUAUCGAAAGCUCUUUCAUUUGCUGCAGGAGUGCUUUAUAAGGAGCAAAACAUGAGGGAUAUCAAGAAAAGGAAGCAUAAGCUGAUGCCGACACCCCGACAUGAUAGGUUGCAGGUCCUUUGUCUCGUUUCUGAUGGAGCAGCAGAUGACAACAUCGACAAGGCAGCUGCAUACCUUCACGAGAAAUUGCAAGUGAAAAUUAUGGCAAUGGUGACCAGAAGUUUUAAUAAAGAUCGACUGGUCCCGAUUACUCGUUUUGAUGGAUCCAUUUUUGUCAUGGACCAGAAAGAGAGCAUCAGCAUCUGGUUAUGGAGGCAACAGCGUAUGUGGGCUGAAAACUACUCAGCUUACGUUGAACGGGAAAAGUCUAUGCCAUUGAGUCUGAAGAGUUCGAAGAAAAGUCAUCGAUCGCAAGAACAACAGUCAAAGUCGCCCGAAUCUGUUUAA